AAAAACGGGCGGGGCAGCCUUCCAAGAGCCCCAGAAGUUUGGUCGGAGAGGCGCCGUCGGAGCAGCCCCAGUUCGCCGCCCUUUGCCCCCUCCCCAAAUGGUGCAGUCACCCCGGUUUGACUCCCGCGACGAACAGAUCUACCGGUGCCCGGAAUGGAGUACACGGAUAUGAACAAGCUGAGCUGCGGGAAGAAAAUGAGGGUCGAAGGCGGACAGCUGGGCGGCGAGGAGUGGACGCGGCACGGGAGUUUCGUCAACAAACCCAGCCGGGGUUGGCUGCACCGGGACGACAAGGUGAUGGGUUCCGGAGUCUCGUACCUGGUCCGGUACAUGGGUUGCGUGGAAGUGCUGCAGUCCAUGCGGGCCCUCGAUUUCAGCACCAGGACUCAAGUCACCAGGGAGGCUAUAGGCCUGGUUUGUGAAGCUGUGCCUAGCAACAAGGGAGCCGUGCGUAGGAGGAAGCCCUGCGGCCGGGCGCUCAACUCCAUCCUCGGGAAGACCAACCUGAAGUUCGCCGCUAUGCCCAUUACGUUGACCAUCUCUACCAGCAGCCUGAACCUCAUGGCGUCCGACUGUAAACAGAUCAUCGCCAAUCAUCACAUGCAGUCGAUCUCGUUCGCUUCCGGAGGGGAUCCGGAUACGGCGGAAUACGUCGCUUACGUUGCCAAAGACCCCGUCAAUCACAGAGCUUGCCAUAUCCUGGAGUGCCCCGAAGGGUUGUCGCAAGAUGUUAUCAGCACCAUUGGACAAGCGUUCGAAUUGCGCUUCAAGCAGUACCUGAAGAAUCCUCCUAAACUCGUCACGCCGCACGACAGGAUGGCCGGGUUCGACGGUUCCGCUUGGGACGAAGAGGAAGAGCCGCCGCCUCCUGACCACCAGUACUACAACGAUUUCCCCGGAAAAGAACCUCCUUUAGGAGGGGUAGUUGACCUGCGUUUGCGGGAAGGGGCUGCGGCGGCUCAGAACCCCAACAAUUUGGGGGCCACCUUGCCUGUCGGACAAGUGGUUGUUGGGGACUACGAAUCCAAGAAGCCACAUUCGGUCACACAAGGCAGGAACCGGGGCCCUCCUGGCCGCACCGAAUUCGUGGUGGACCCUUCCUACGUCAACGUGCAAAAUUUGGAAAAAUUGCAGCCGGGCCUCCAGAACGUAACUUCCAACGGCAGCAUCCAGCGAGACCUCUUUGACAUGAAGCCUUUUGAGGAUGCCUUGCGGGCGCCCCCGCCGCCCCCUACUCCUCCGUCCCACCCGCCAGCUACCAUGGAGGAGCAACUCCGGCGGGAACCAUGGUAUCACGGUCAAAUGAGCCGCAAAGAAUCGGAGAAGCUGUUGCAAGCCAACGGGGAUUUCCUGGUGCGGGAAAGCACUACCACGCCAGGACAAUACGUCCUCACGGGACUUCAGGGAGGACAACCCAAACAUCUUCUUCUCGUCGAUCCGGAGGGAGUGGUUCGGACGAAGGAUCAUCGCUUUGAAAGUGUGAGUCACUUGAUCAGUCACCAUAUGGACAAUCGGUUGCCCAUCAUCUCGGCCGGCAGCGAGCUGUGCCUACAACAGCCCGUCGAGCGGAGACAAUGAGCAGGACAACCGGAGCCGCAUCACUACAAACGCCCUUCUAGCCGGAACGCCUCCAUCUCUCUUUUUCUCCCCCGGUCCUAUGGACUUCUCUGACAGCGGCUAGAAUGGGCUGCCUCCUCUGCCAAAGCAUUUUCGGGGGGGGCGAAGGGACUCGCUUGAGCCCCAAAACCCAUCGUGCCCUUCCCGACCACUUCCUCUCUACGUCUCGCCACGGCCCGGCUUUUCCUGGUUGGAGCGAAGCGCCGUCUAGCCAAGAUUCUUCUAGUCCUCGGUGAGAAAACGGUCCCGCUUCGGUUUUUGUCGACGGUCUCGAGCGCGAGUCCUCCUUGCCUUGGACGGCUUUUGUCUCCUCCGCUAACUGUUCAGAACAGACGGGCGAUCUUGCGUGUGCAACACACAGCGCCUCGUCGUGUCUUCUGCCAGGUGCGACCGAUGCCAAAGUCCCCCGUGAAGGGUUUAUUUUCGGGGGAAAAUUUAUUGCUUAAAGCACAAAAAAAAGAAAGGGAAAUUAAAAGGACAACUCGUUCGGGGUCUGGAAGGCAGAAACCUCGCUCUUCUCUGCCCACAGACCACCACCCCCGCUGACGCAUUUUUAUAUACGUUCUGCGUGUGCCUUGAACCUUUUUCAGGUCAGAUUUUAUGCAAAAUUCCUCUUGCUCUGGAGGUUCUCACGUGGCUGCCUGGAUUUUUGGGGGUCAGGAUGGAGAAAGGGGCAGUUGUUUCUCACCCGCCUCCUUCUGAUCCGUCAUGGUUGCCCCAUAAUUUAUCCCCUUCUUUUCUCCCCACCCGCAAAAGCCCAGGCUAAGCACUAGUAAGAUUCAGCCGGUUCGGACAAAUUGGUAAUUAAAUUGAUGCCUGGCUCUGCUCCUCCCCUCCCCGCCCUCCCCAUGCGCCUCAUUUUGGCUUCCAGGUAAAUGGAGGGAGACCUUCUAAGCCCAAAAUGGUGUGGGGGGAGCCCCCACAGCCCGUUUUUGCUCCCAGGGGGGUGCAGGAGGCCGAGUGCUGCCAGUCACACCCCCUGGCCACGCCCGCCAUGGCCACGCCCACCCAAUCGGUCAUUAGGGCAGAGAACCGGUUGUUAAAUUAUUUGAAUCCCACCACUCCUGAACAUCCCUCUCUGGAUUAAAGGAUGUUUUCCUGAAUUUUGGGACGGUUUCCAAGAAGGCAGUCCCAAAACUGAAGUGAGGGUCCCUCCCCAUCCAAAAACAAAAAGCUGAAAAGAGAAGAAGAAAAUUGGAUUUGUCUUCCCGCGCUGAGACUGGUUCCCUUCCCAAUUUCUUUGCGGAGUCUGUACAUAAAGUGUGAUAAUUUGGUGUUGCAUGUAUAUUGUUAUACUCGGAGGCCAAUGUGUAGCUUUACUCUCUUAUCAUUGUGCCUAUCCCUGCUACUCUGCGGGACACCCCCCCACCCCACAAGCCCACCUCAGCCCCUUCUCUCCACCUCCUUUAUACACACUUUGUAUCGGUUUGAUUUUCUCUCGAAUAUACCAAAGGAAAUCAAAUAGUUAUUAUUAAAGGUUGGUAUUUCUUUA